AUGUCAGAAGCAACUCCGAUGGAUCCGAAGCUUGGGGAUAUGCCGAAGUUAGACCAAGGAGCUUCAGGAGUUGGAAUAGGGAAUUUUCAGGAGGUUGGUCCACUAGACACAUUUCUCAAGCCCAGAAAUUCAACUUGGUUGAAGAAAACCGAACUCUUGUUUGUGGAUAGUCCAGUUGGGGCAGGCUACAGUUUCGUGGAAGAUAAGAAUUUGUAUGUGAAAAGUGAUGAGGAAGCAGCCCUCUCUUCAUUGUUGCUGAAUCUUAUGGUCGCAAAAUCGCGCUUAGCUGAGAAGAUCAGAAAACAACUAACGAAUGGCGAAUACGUCGAAGCCACGGAAACAUGGAUGGAACUCGAAUCCAUGAUUAGCGUCAACUCCAAUUCUGUCGAUUUUUACAACUUCUUAUUGGAUUCUGGGAUGGACCCUCUCUCGCUCACAACGAGUGAAGAAACAAGAAAAGAAAACAGAUUAUUAAAAAAGUCGAGUGCAGAUGAUGAAGGAAACCUUGAUAAAUUAAUGAACGGCAUUAUCAAAAGGAAGCUCAAGAUUAUUCCUAAAGACCUCUCAUGGGGGAACAAUUCGGGUGAUGUGUUUACAGCAAUGCAAGCUGAUUUUAUGAGACCCACAAUCGAACGCGUGGAUGAGCUUCUUGCCAAGGGAGUAGAUGUGACCAUCUAUAAUGGACAACUUGAUGUUAUCUGCUCAACAAGUGGAACUGAAGCAUGGGUUCACAACCACAAGUGGGAGGGGAUACAAGAGUUUAAGAAGAUGGACAUAGAACCAUUAUACUGUGAAAAUGAUAGAGAAAGAACAAGAGGCUUCACAAAAUCAUUCAAGAAUCUCCAUUUCUACUGGAUUCUUGGAGCUGGACAUUUCCAACAUGUACCAGUAGAUGAGCCAUGUGUUGCAUUAAAAAUGGUUGGUGAAAUAAUGAAGUCACCACAACUUUGA